GGACCCGCCGGAAGCAGGCGCGGGGCCGCCGGAAGGAGCCUGCUGCACGAGGUCCUGAGACUGAGCGGCUCGCAGUUGGAGUUGCUUGUCUUCGUUCGCCGCGAUGCCCAAGGCUAAGGGCAAGACCCGGAGGCAGAAGUUCGGUUACAACGUCAAUCGGAAGCGGCUGAACCGGAAUGCUCGACGGAAGGCAGCGCCACGGAUCGAGUGCGCCCACAUCCGACAUGCCUGGGACCACUCUAAGUCGGUGCGGCAGAACUUGGCCGAGAUGGGACUGGCCAUGGACCCCAACAAGGCUGUGCCGCUCCAUAAAAGAAAGGCGAAUUCCAUGGAGAUGGAUGUGGAGAGACCGAAGGAGCUUGUGCGGAAACCCUAUGUGCUGAAUGAUCUGGAGACAGAAGCUAGCAUUCCAGAAAAGAAAGGAAAUACCUUGUCACGGGACCUUAUUGACUACGUCCGCUACAUGGUGGAGAACCACGGGGAAGACUAUAAGGCCAUGGCCCGGGAUGAGAAGAAUUACUAUCAAGAUACCCCAAAACAGAUUCGGAAUAAGAUCAAUGUCUAUAAACGUUUUUACCCAACAGAAUGGCAAGCUUUCACCGAUUCUUUGCAGAAGAAUAAGAUGGAGGUUGAGUGACUGGUUUGCACCUGCCCCAGGCUGAGGCCGCCUCUUGGACCAGAAGAGCUGGCACUACGGUUUAAGGCCAGGAGGGGUCUGUGGCUACAGAUGAGGCUAGCCAUACCCCAUGGAAUCAAAAGUUUACACACACAUCUCCAUCUCUAGGCAGGGCGAGGGGGCAGCUAAUGCUGAGGGAAGUCUCCCAGAGGCUCUCAUCUAAAUUAUUCUGGAGGCUCAGGGAAAAGGCAGAAACUGCUAUGUGUGGAAAAGGUGUUUGGUUUGUAUGAAUACUGUCUGUACAUAAAACGAGGCUAUUUUACUUCCCUAA